GCAUGAACUUCGCCAGCUCUCAAUCUCAAAAUACACCAUCACCAUGGGGAAAGCCAAGAAGACAAGAAAGUUCGCGGCCGUCAAGCGACUGUUGAACCCAAACGAUAUUCGACUGAAGGAAAACCAGCUGAAGCAGAAGCAGAAGGAAGAGAAGGAGAAGGAGAAGGCCGUCCGUCGGAUACCUCAGGUCGCCUCAUCACUGUUCCUGCAGCACAAUGAUGCCCUCGUACCACCAUAUCGCGUCCUCAUUGAUACGAAUUUUAUCAACUUUAGCUUGCAAAAUAAGCUGGAGCUCAUCAGCGGCAUGAUGGAUUGUCUGUAUGCGAAAUGCAUUCCAUGCGUGACCGACUGUGUGAUGGCCGAGUUGGAGAAGCUGGGUCAUAGAUACCGAGUCGCUCUGAGGGUAGCCCGUGAUCCUCGCUUCGAGCGUCUAGCAUGCUCACAUUCGGGUACGUAUGCCGAUGACUGCUUGGUGCAACGGGUGACAGCACACCGAUGCUACAUCGUCGCUACCUGUGAUCGCGAACUCCGACGGCGUAUCCGCCAGAUUCCUGGCGUGCCGCUCAUGUACAUCGUCCGCAGACGCUACGCGAUAGAGAGGUUGCCGGACCAGGGCGCUCCGUUGUAGACGUAGACGACUUCGUCUUCUCAUGACGUCUGCAUCGUGUUUUGCAGCCAUAGCAUUAGUACGACUCGUCUCCUCUUCUGUAUAGAAAGUUCGUUGUUUAUCCGGACAAUCUUCCAUACCAGGCUGAAAACGCUAAGCCUUACGGGUUCAAUCCACCCUGUUUCCCACUCCAACGCUUCCCGGUGCAAAAGGGUGGCACCGUCUUUCAUACCUUCCAUGACAUGCAUUGGUUCGAUUGAAAACGUGCUACACGCUGUUGGUAUUACGGCGAAUCACCGCCUUUGUUCGUUGUAACGCUAUGAACAGAUCUGACUUCUGGUGUGUUGCCAUUGCUGCUGUUCACACGAGGACUCCUAUCUGAUAAUCACUGGUGAGAUACUUGCC